AGGAUGUCGGCAUUCCGCCAUCGAACAAAAGUUCUUCGCAACUUCAACUUUUCUCCCUCCAGCACAACACACAUUCCAAUGAUAACAUUAUAGAGAAAACAGCACCUCUGCUAUCCAACUGAACCGCCAAAAUGGCAGAAACACCCGUCCAUUUCUUCGACGUCGAGUCGAAACUCCCAGACAACACAAAAGCAUGGUCCUUCAACACCAACAAAACCCGUCUCGUCCUCAACUACAAAAGCAUCCCCUACACGCAAUCCUUUAUCUCCUACCCCGAAAUCACCCCCCUCCUCCGCUCCCUCCAAGUAACAUCCUACCCUGAAGGUCCUUUCGCCUACACUCUACCCGCAAUCUACCACCCACCCUCUGUCCGUGCCACAACGGGCGCAAUGAUGGACUCCCUCCCAAUUGCCCACCACCUCGACCGUCUCUAUCCCGAGCGCCCCCUCUGGCCCAACGGCGACGCCAGCUACGCGCUUUCCCUGGCCGUGGGUAAGCUAGUCAGUAACGCGGUACUGAAGUCGCUGGUGCUGGUUAUCCCCCAGGUGCCCAAGAUCCUUGACAAGAAGGGGCGGGAGUACUUCAUCAAGACGCGGUCGGCGAUGUUUGGGAAGCCGCUGUCGGAACUUAGGCCUUCAGAUCCGGACGUUCUACGCGUGACUACGGAGAGUAUCAGAAGGGAGGUAGAGACAUUGGCGCAGAUGCUGAGGGGGAGGUAUGGGAAGACAGGGCCAUUUUUUGAGGGGGAAACGGCCAGUUAUGCGGAUUUUAUCCUGAUGGCUUACUUGGCUUGGACGGAGAAGUUAGAUAACCAGCUGUGGCAGGAGUUGAUGGGGAUUGGUCGGGGGGAGAUUAAGGCUUUGUGGGAUGCGUGUUUACCGUGGUUGUAUGGGCAGGGGCAGACUACGAAGUGGAAGAUUUCGAAGUGAGGUUAGGUUUCCUAGGUUUGGUUGAGAGAGGCAGGUCAUAUACCCAGGCUAUUGCAUGUGUUUAUUAGUAUCCGUGGAAAACAAUUGUAAAUUAAUCCAUUUCUAUCAUUCAAAAGAAUAAUAAACCCCAA